CAGAUGUUUUAUUUAUAUUUAGUCUGAGUACUUAGUUAUCAAUCUGAGAAUAUAAUAAACAAUUCUCUUUGAUUAUAAUUAUCUUUGGCGCAGCGGUCAGCGCGUGACGCGCAUCAUUCGUGGUGUCAAAACAGAGCGUCAAAAAGAUAUAAACACUGCGUUCCGUGGCGUGGCGUCUGCCACCAACCUGCUGGUAGUGUUUGUAGUCUUUGUGGCAACAGUGCCAAGAGCGCCGGUCGCGUGCGAGGUACAAGCGGCGCCAUGUGUCGGGCACAGCGGCGCGGUUGAGCGCGGUUAGACCGCACCAUCCGCAAGCAUUGAGUGUUUGUGCCGUGGUGUGGCGUGAGUUGUGAUGGCGGGUGGUGCGGAGGGUGCGGGUGGCGCGGGGGGCAGACUUGGAGACAUCAUCGACCUGGACCGGUACAUGCGCGCCGCCGUGCGACGCUCCGCCUCCGACACCACGGACGAUGGACGCACAGAUCGCCUGGUGGUGGACGGCGGAGGCGGCGGCAUCGGCGCCGUGAAGCCGACAGCGGGCAGCAGCAGCUCAGCGGGGCGGCCUGCGCGUACGCACCACAAGCGCUUCUCGCACGACUCUGGUCUCUCCGACGGGAGCUACGCGCCGAGAGUCAGGCGUCCACACAGACGGCUGAGUGCGGCGGAGGGCACAGGCGGUCGGUGCGGCCGCGAGGCGCGGGACACGCGGCUGCCUCGCGGCACCGACGCCUCCUCCAACUCUCUGCGCGAGUUCCGCGCGGUGUGCGAGCGAGCGCUGCUGGACCAGCGACAGCAGCUGGCACGUGUGACUCAGCUGUGCGAGCGACUCACCGCGCCAGCACUUCCUCCAGCCGCUGCCCAGGAUUCUAGCGACAUAUCCUCCAGUAGUUGCAGUACAAGAGACCAGCGUAGAAAAGACAAACAUCGGGCUGCUGAGUGCAAGACGUACAAGAUAAUAAUGAACAAGUUGGACGAGUUGAACCGUCUGUUCGCGGCGCGGGGCCGCUCUCCCCCCACCGCGCUGAGCCGCUCCCCGGCGCCGGCUGCGUGCCGUCGCCGCGCACCCUCAUCAUGUUCCGUGUCGGUGUCAGACAAGCUUGUGUCCACGGAGCCUAUAGAAAAGGUCAAUACCGGCAAAUUACCAAAUCAGCGGCCGAAGCAGGUGGAGCGUGCGACGGGCGGCGGCGAGUGGGCGGCAUCGAGAGCGGGCGAGCGGCGCACGGUGCGCGCGGUCACGCAUGCGUACGCGCUCGACAUCGCGCCUCAGGACCUCACUCGCAACAAGGAACGACGUAAUGUCACUACUGAGAGCAUAGUGGAGCGCGAUUCGACGGGCGACGAGUGUGCGUCGAGUGGGUGCGACGCGCGCUGCGGCUUCGACCUGGAUGAUCCUGUGCACUUGUACGCGCAAGCCAAACGCCUGCAAGCAAUGCACGCAUCGACACGUCGCUCGAAAAGCGCGGGCUACGAGGCGUCGCGUGGCAGCAGACGAGACAAGCGGCUCGGCGAGCGACUGGACAAGCGAGCUGGCUCGGGCGAGUCGUCGCUGUGCGCGCUGUGCCGCGGCUACUGGCGCGCCGUGCGGCGGUACAUCGGCACGCAGCUCUCCGGCCCUAAUUCUUAGUGGGCUUCUGCUUACGUACAAGCUAUUGCCUUUUAUUAAAUGCUACAUCUGUAA